AUGCCCGCCGCCACGACACUUCUUACACCCAUUGGAUAUCAGCCAGGCGAUUGUGGUUACUGCAAAGGCGAAGAUUCAAGUGGUUCGUACUACGUUAUUACAAAAUCUCUGAGUGCCCAAGUAUACCAAGAUUUGGUCGACCGAGGAUGGAGAAGGUCCGGCAAUCUCAUCUACAAACCUGAUGUAUACCGGUCAUGCUGUCCUCACUACACCAUCAGACUGCCUGCACAAUCUCUCGCUACAAACACCAACCAACGGAAGGCUCUGAACAGCUGGAACAAGUUUGUGCUUGGGGAAGAGUACAUCAAGGAGACUGCCAAGCGCUUUCCCAAGACAAAAGAAGAGAAAGCUCGACAGAGAAAUGGCUUCGAUCUAUUGCAUACAGUCCAUGAAGCAGAAGUCGAUCAACUAAAGCCCGUUGCUCCAGCCCAUCGCUUCAAAGUCACUCUGGAGCCCGAUGAUUGCACCGAGGAGAAGUUCCAAGUCUACAAAAACUAUCAGAUCCAUGUCCACCACGACGAGCCUGGAGAAGUCACUAAGAAAGGGUUCGAGCGCUUCCUCUGCAAGUCUCCUAUAGCUCGGGAGACAGUAACGAAAAAUGGCAAAGAGAUGCGCCUUGGAUCAUACCAUCAAUGCUAUCGACUCGAUGGCCGACUGAUCGCUGUUGGCGUACUUGAUCUGUUGCCGCAUGCUGUCAGUGGAGUCUACUUCAUGUACCAUCAAGACUUUGAGAAGUGGAGUUUUGGCAAGCUCAGUGCGAUGAGGGAAGCUGCACUUGCGCUUGAAGGUGGCUACGAGUUCUACUACAUGGGCUACUACAUUCACAACUGCAUCAAGAUGCGGUACAAGGGCGAUUACAAGCCACAAUAUGUGUUGGAUCCUGAGACAUACGAGUGGAACCCGCUGGAUGGAGAACUGCGCAAGCUGAUGGGCCAGCAAAAGUAUGUCUCUUUAUCUCGCGAGCGCAAACACAAGGGAGGCGAAGAAGGCACUCCAUAUCUGCUAGACACACCAGCAGAAGUGGCUGCCAGUCCGGAAGAUCUGUUCGAAUGGGGCAUGCCAGGGAUGAUGAGCUCUACAGAUGUCGAAGCACAAGUAGACAUGGACAAGAUACGCCUUCACAUCAGCAAAGGCAUGACGGUAUAUACAGAGGACCUCGUGGCGUGGGAGAGCGGCGGUAUCGAAGACCCUAGCUCUAUUAAGGGAGUGGUUGGAAGAUAUGCAGCCAUGGUGGGACCUGAAGUUGCUAGGACAGCUAUUUUGGAUUUCUCUGGACACUAG